ACUGAUGUAGGUCAUUUCCUUCUUGGUCUUGCUGAGGGUCUAGAAAUGGCAGUUUCAUCAGAAGCCCAACAAUGCUUUAACGAUGCAACCACUUCAUUUAAGGAUUUUGAAAAUGCUUUUUCAUUAAUCAGCCAAGGUUUCAAAACAUACUCAAAAGAUAAGAUCGAAAGUGGUUUCAUUGAUCUUGGUGCAGGUCUUUUAUUAAUUCCAGAUAUCUACGAACAAUGCAAUAUCCAAAAAUUCGUUAACGAAAUUAGAGCUAUUGCUGAAAAAUUAGAAAGUGGUGAAGCUGGUGUAUUUGAAGUUAUUAUCAAAGAAGUUAUUAACAUUUUUGCCCAUCAUACUGCUAUUACCACCGAGUUCAAGAUGGCCAUUAGCGACUGGCAAAAUAAUGACUUUUUAGACAGUGGUAUUAAUGUUGGUAAAAUUUUGGGAAUUCUUCUUCAA